AUGUCUGAGUUUAUCAAUUACAAGGUGAAUAUCUUUCUUCGAGAUGGGACCCAAUCAACGGGAACAAUCACUCAUGUUGAUAGUCAAAAGAUUGUAUUGGGUUCAGAAUCUUCCAAUGGACCAAUUCAUAUUGACAGUCAUCAGAUUGCUGACCUUAAAGUUGUACAACUUCCUCAAGAUUUCUUGAAGAAACUUAAGAACAAUAAGAAGGGGAAGAAGGAACAACAACAACAACGAGGUGGUGGUACUCCGGUUCCUGGUUUAUUGGAUGAUGCCAUUGUAUUUGCUAAACCCUCAUCAAAUCAAGUUCAAAAGGUUCAAGACAGUAAUAGUAGAUCCAACACACCAAAAUUAAAGCUGCAAAAGUCACAUCAAUUCCCUACACCAUCCACAGGGACAUCAGACCCAGUUGAUUGGAAUAAUGAUUCAGACGUUCAACAAAUCAAAUCAUCAAAUGAAUUUGAUUUUGCUGCCAAUUUGGCAAUGUUUGAUAAAAAAUCAGUAUUUGCCGAUUUUCAACGUAACGAUAAUGUUAGUCCAAGUGAAAGACUUGUUGGUCACAAUAAACUUGAAAAUGUAGAAAAGGAAAAAUAUAAAAAUGAUGAAAUGGUUCUUGAUAAUACCAAAUCGGACAAUUGGCAUUUAAUAGGAGCUAAAACAACUCAAACAAACAAGAAAUCCGGAAUGACCUCAGGAGGUCGUGGUACUCCUGUAGAUGAAUCUUUCUUAGCACCAGUUAAAAGAACAUUUAAGUUGAUUAACUCUGAGAGUGGAGAAGUUGUACCAUUAUGUUCUCCAGUACAAUCUCUUGAAAUUGAAAGAUUGGCCUCUGAAUCUUAUGGAAUUACAUCAGAUAUUAUGUCAGAGAAUGGUGCAGUCAAUUUAUCUCAACUUAUUUUACAAAGUAUUCUUGGAGGCCAUAAUCGUUUGAGUAAUAAGAAGAAUCAUAAUUUACCUCCAUUGGUUCUUUUACUUAUAGGCAGUGGGAAAUGUGGAGCCAGGGCAUUUGCUACAGGACGUCAUUUGACAAAUCAUGGUGUUAGAGUUCUUGCAUUUGUAGCCAGUGGAGAAGAAUCUGAAGAAAUACUUUCUCAUCAACGUGAAAUCUUUGAAAUGGCUGGGGGAAAAGUUAUCUCAUCUGAUUUCCAACAAUUAUUGAACAUAUUGUACAAUGAACUUGAUACUCCAGUUGAGUUAAUCAUUGAUGCAUUACAAGGAUACGAUGACCAUUUGGAAGAUAUCUUCUUCCAAGAAGAAGAUGUAAAGGUGUUACAGAAUAUAAUAGAAUGGUGUAAUGAGCCACUUCAGCAAACAAAGGUCAUGUCUCUUGAUAUUCCCUCUGGCAUUGAUGGAGGUUCGGGCACGGUGCUGGACUUCGGCUUGAAACUCAACUGUAAAUGGUGUGUCUCAAUGGGUCUCCCAAGUACUGGGUUGUUGCAUGCCUACAAAAAUGGACUUUUACCAACAGGUGUAGAAGGAGAAGUUUUACAUUAUGUUGUAGAUGUUGGAAUCCCCAACAAGUUAUUUAGUAGUAAGGGUAACUUGAGAAAGUUUGAUAAAUUCUGGUUUAGUGCUGGUGCUGGUAUCAAACUUGAAGUUAACGUAGAAUAG